UAUGUACAGUUUCUUUCAACAUCGAGGGAAAAUUGAAAAAAAGGUCUAAACCGAAGCCAAAACGAAAUUCUCCAGCUGAGGUUGUGGCGGGCGAUCGAAACUCUCUGUGGAUCGCCAUUCUGUGCGAGCUCUUGAGGGCCAGUGGGAGGGAGAAGUAGAGAGCUCCCUUCCUAAACCUAGAGAAAUAGGGAGAAGAUGGAGGCUCAUUACACGGCGCUCUCAUUCUCAGGAGACCAUGAGCAAGGAAACCAGCACCUCCCAAAAGACUUGAUGCCACCUCUCACCUCCAAUUUGCAUCACUGGAAAUGGUGGCUACUUGUUUUCCUCAACAUCUUCUUCCUCCUCGUCGGUCAAACCGCGGCUACUCUUCUCGGCCGUUUCUACUACAACCAAGGAGGAAACAGCAAAUGGCUUGCCACCCUCAUCCAAACGGCCGCCUUUCCCAUCCUCUUCCUCCCUCUCAUCUUCUUUCCCACCACUUCGUCUUCCCCCGCCACUAGCCCCAGUUCACCAACCACCAAACUCGCCCUCAUCUACGUAGUUCUCGGCCUCAUAAUCACCGCCGAUAAUCUCAUGUACUCCUACGGCCUCCUCUACCUCCCCGUCUCCACCUACUCCCUCAUUUGCGCCUCACAGCUCGCCUUCAACGCCAUUUUCGCCUAUUUUCUAAACUCGCAGACCUUCACCCCUCCAAUCCUCAACUCCGUCGUCCUCCUCAGCUUCUCCUCCACUCUUCUCGGCAUCGACGAGGAUUCCUCCGGCGACUCCCCCCACAUUCCCACUGGAAAAUACAUGCUUGGUUUCAUACUGACCCUCGGAGCUUCCGCAGCCUACUCAUUAAUCCUCUCCCUCAUGCAACUCGCCUUUGAAAAAGUCACAAAGACGGAAACUUUUGCAGUGGUUCUCGAAAUGCAGAUCUACACAGCUCUGGUUGCUUCCUCUGCUUCGCUUAUCGGCCUUUUCGCCAGUGGCGAGUGGAAUGAAUUGGGCAGCGAGUUUGAGGAUUUCGGCAAAGGGAAGGCUUCAUAUGUGAUGACUCUGGUGGGAGUCGCGGUGGCAUGGCAGGUGGCUUCUGUUGGUAUCGUCGGCUUGAUCUUCGUUGUUUCAUCGCUGUUCUCGAACGCCAUUAGCACGCUCGCUCUGCCAAUCAUUCCCGUAUUCGCCGUCGUUUUCUUCGGUGAUAAGAUGAACGGGGUGAAGAUUCUGGCCAUGUUGAUUGCUAUAUGGGGGUUUUUAUCUUAUCUUUAUCAGAACUAUUUGGAUGAUUUAAAAGUAAGGUCUCUGAAGGAUGGAAGUGAGAUUUCUGAUUCUUUGCUCCUUCAUGCUGAAACUGCUUCAGAUGUGGCAGGCACUUAAUCAGAAUAGGGAAAUCCAGAUUCUGCAGUGAAUUCAAUCAAAUGACCUAUUAGAUUUAUAAUAACAAUUAAAUUCCUAGCUGUUAUUACUUAUUAUUUCUUGUCUAUUAGUUUAUUAUAUCUUGCCUUUUCUACUUUAU